UGGGGGUAGGGUGAGGGCGUGGUCUCACCUGCCUGGGUAUAUAUAGACGGGCAGGAACACACCUGGACACACACUCACAGCUCACCUCAAGUCUUCACCAUGAAGGUCAUCCUCGCUCUGUGCCUUCUGGGUGUGGCCUCCGCCGCUCUCAACUAUGUCAGCAGCCCUUACUCCUACGGCGCCUUCCCCUACACCUUCCCCUACACUGCUGGCAAUUUCCCCUACACUGCUGGUGUGAUCCCAUACACGGCUGGAGUCAUCCCUAACACGGCUAACGUUCUUCCCUACACCGGUGGCGUCAUCCCCUACGCCGGCGUCGCGCACUCCGGCUACGGGUUCCCCUCCGUGUACUCUGUACCAGUACAGUACAAGCCCGUUGAGGCGAAGGUUGUGCAACCGGGUUACGUGGCCAAGACUCCAGGUUCCACACACAUCGCUCCUCUCCCUGCCGGUCUGGGUUACGCCUCCCACCAUAUCAAUGUGGCUCCCGCCCCUGGCACCCAGUAAGCUUGGCGCCAGCAGGUUCCGACGACUCAGUGAUCAACAUUCCGUUACGACCCUCGCACCGGCCUCCCCCGACGACCCCUCGCACCAGCCGGCUCUGACGACCCUGGCACCAGCCGGCUCUGACGACCCUGGCACCAGCCGGCUCUGACGACCCUGGCACCAGCCGGCUCUGACGACCCUGGCACCAGCCGGCUCUGACGACCCUGGCACCAGCCGGCUCUGACGACCCUGGCACCAGCCGGCUCUGACGACCCUAGCACCAGCCGGCUCUGACGACCCUGGUACCAGCCGGCUCUGACGACCCUGGUACCAGCCGGCUCUGACGACCCUGGCACCAGCCGGCUCUGACGACCCUGGUACUAGCCGGCUCUGACGACCCUGGCACAAGCCGGCUCUGACGACCCUGGUACCAGCCGGCUCUGACGACCCUGGGACUAGCAGGCAGCCGCGUGCAGUAGAAGAUGGGACUGUAGGUGACAUAUUCUCGCUAUUCCAGCAGCCUGCACGACCCCCAGACUCCACCUCGUCAUAACGUCAUAUCAGCCAAAUUUAUCAAGAAUGUUACUAUAGACAAAAACAUUAUUUUUGUAUUCAGACUGAAUUUUGGUUGUCAGUUUUACUAGCACGACAUGACAGCGAUUUUGUUAUAUUACAUUUUGUGAUAAAUUUUUAAAUAAAUUUGUUAACCGUA